AUGAACACCACAUUAGCAAUCGCGUUGCUCGCCAGUCUGCUUGUUUUAUGUUCCAACUCGGGAUCGGCGCAUUAUCUUCACAAGAAAUGUGGUGAACAGCGCAAAGAUUUUUCCGCGUCUGUGGGUCCGUGGACAGCACUACUGCACGAGAAUGGAACCAUCUUUUGCGCCGGAACACUGAUAACUGAUGCAUUCAUACUGACUGCAGCGAGCUGUAUUAGAGAAAACGAGGUCCACGUUCGCUUGGGGGAAUAUGGCAGAUAUGCCACUGAGAUCGCGGAGGAUCACUUGGUUCAAAUGUCUCUGAGAUAUCGACUUUUCAAUAAUGAAUCGCUAGCCAAUAACAUCGGUCUGCUGAAACUGACCCAAAGAGUGCAGCUUAAACCAUACAUUAUGCCGAUUUGCAUUAUCAUUGACCCGCGGCAGCAGACAUCGGCAGCAUUGAUCGGAAAUGCCUGGACACUGGACAGGGAUGAGUACCUCACCAAGGAGUUCGGACUCAUUGCCAUCCAGCGUAAGCAGGGGAGGUGCACUAACUUAGACUUGUACACCCAGUUUUGUGCUGGCCACUCGGGCGAUUUGGAGUCCUGCGACGGUCUCAUGGGCUCGCCACUGAUCCAGAACUUUAGGUAUAUGCACAAAAAUCUGUACGUGCAGUUCGGCAUUGCUACUGAGAGCGAUAUGGAUUGCCAGGAGGCGCAGGGCUACACCGACGUGAUGAGCUUCUACUGGUGGAUCCAGGAUGUGGUGUCACUGUUCAGUAAUUCGUACGUCUAUAAGCCUAAAAAGACUUACGUUGUAGGCGAUAAUGUUAAGAUAAGCUUCUAAUUUCGCAAAACUUUAU